AAGCUGAAACAAAGCGAGGCGCUAGCAAAACACAUCGUGUGUCCUGCGUGCUCUUCUCUGGCAUAGCUGCUGCUCUUGCGAUACACAUCGAACAGAAUGUCCAGGGGGAACGGCUACGUGCGUGUACCCACCUCUGAGCCCAACCCGAUCACCCAGGUCCGCAACAAGGACGCUGAGAGGCGCCGGAAACUGCCCAAGAGCCUCCGGCCCGGUCUCUUCUACAUGUUCGGAGAGCGGGGAAAGUACUUGGCGGACAGCGGGUCCGAAGAGGAGAUCGAGCUGACGGAGGUGAGGGGGAGUGAGAGGAGAUGGAGGCGGCCCAGGAGUCCAAAGUCGCCCAAGUCACCCAAGUCACCGAAGACGCCCAAGUGGAAGAAGGCCAAGCCGAAGACACCGCUCAUCCACGAGCCCAUUCUGGAAGGAGACACUGUCCAGCGAGUGGCGCUCAGAUAUGGCGUCCCUGACUCUGAGAUCCGUAGAGUCAACAACCUCUACAGGGACCAAGAUUUCUUUGCUCUGAAGAAGGUCAAGAUACCAGUCAAAGAGAACAGUCUUCUCACCGAGACCUCUGAGUUGGAGAAGAUAAGAAAGAUAGCGUCUUCGGGAACCGGUGGCUCAGAGAACCAGAGCGAGAGUAACUCCGACGAAACCAGAUUAGGGGGCCCCUCUACUUAUUACAAAUCGGAAGAUGACGAAGAUUCCGGGGAUGCCGAUGACGAAAUAUGCGACUCGGACACCCCCGAAUACCGCAACAUCAGCAUCCAGUCGGCCCUCAAGUGGAAACUGAGCGGGGACAGUCUCCUCAAGAAGUUUGACGAGGAUCUAGAGAGAGUGAGAGCGAGCACGGAGCAGAGAGUUCAGAAUCACCGCGACGUGGCUGUCACACUCAACCACCCAAAGUUCCAUCCGGUCACACGGACUUCGUACGAGAAUAGACUCUUGAGCAACGUGGACUGGAGGUGGUACAUGUGGGGAGGGCUGGCCGUGGUGGUCGUCAUAGUACUCAUGAUUGUCACCCGGACUAUCUGGUGCAAGGUGAACAGUUGCAAGCAUACGUUACGAACAUGAUUUUUUUCCUUCGCUGUUUGUCUUUUGUGUUAUUACUCCGUUUGUGAUGACUAUCUGCCUUCUCACCAAAGAGCACCUUGCAGGUGUUGUGUUGACUUCAUCUCUUUGUGUUCAUUGCUCAUUUUGUGUCUCAUUCUCCUUCCACACAAAUGACUACUGUUGGUAAAUGCUUGUACAAUUGCAAGUGAAAGCUACGGCCUUGUCUUUCAAUUACGUGAUUCGUAACUAUUCGACGCUA